AUGGUGCAAGCGCAUGUGCUCAUGCCGCGAAGAACUCACCUCGACUCUGUCCGUGCAACAGACAUCGCUGGAACGGCCGUAUGUCUUCCGAGAGUGACUUCUCGCUGCUGGAUUUGCUGGCAUCUUUGCAUCCCGGUCGAAGGAUGCAAGAUUGCACGCACUGCAUCGUCCAAAAUAGAAGACGGAAGGCUUACAAGCCAUCUAUGA